AUGAAGAGCGGUUUGGAUAUCCUAGGUAAAAUUGUCGGCGCAAUCGCUAUGAUUCUAGCCGACACUGUACGAACAUUUGUGGCCAGUGUUCUUGUCAUGCUGUUCUGUAUUCCUUAUAGUGCUUUUAUGAGUUUCAGAUACUGUUACCGACAACGUCAUUCUGAGGAGAGUCGACAACGACAGCAAGAACAACAAGCGAAUCACGCUCAGGCGCGUGCAAGAAUCAAUGCAAGACUGAAUAAAAAGAAGAAACCAAGACUCAUGUCCCAGGAGGAUGUUGACGAAAAGUUUCCUUUACAAAGCUACAAAGCUGCUAAAUUAACUAUAGACGAAGAAACUGAUGGUCCUGACAAGCUGGAAAUGGUCAAGGAAGUCGACAGUGGAAUGAGUGAUGAAUUACGACUGGCUAUUGACAAGACCACAACUAACGUGGAAUCUGUACAAGAAAAGGCCUCUGCUGAACAUAUCAAUACCGCUAUACAAGAACGAAAAGGUUCAGCAGUGGAUCCACUCGACACAAACGCUGCAGACUCGUCUGUUAUUGACCAACCGGCAGCUUCCACUACUACCAACAGUAUCAGCAAUAGCACCACUAGCAGCACUGCCUCAUCAGUUCCUUCAACACCCGAAGAUAAAGCUAUAGUUUUUACAGUCUCACCAACAAGUUCUAUCUCGGGAACACCCAACUCACCGGCUCCUAAUUCAGCAACUCCUAGAUCGGCUGAGAUUCCUGUCUCUAUCACUGCCUCCACACUCGCACCAUCUGGUACAAACAUUACUACUGCUGAUAAGACGACUUGUUUGAAUACAACACAAACUAAUUAUACGACCAAUUCUACAUCCGAGACACUUCGAGCAUUCGAUCGAGGUCCUGAUAUAGAAUCGCAAUGGGGAUCCGAGUCUGAUUCCGUUUCCGAAUCCGAUGGAAUCGAAGACUCUAUUCCCAUGAACAUGGAGAUUCCCGAUGAUACAUGUGCUAUUUGCAUUGACUCGAUGAGCGACGAGGAGAUGGUGCGAAGACUGUCCUGUGGACAUAUCUUCCAUCCCGACUGUGUUGAUCCCUGGCUGACGACGCGACGAGCUUACUGUCCACUUUGCAAGUUUGAUUACUACGUAGCCAAGCCUGAAGAUGAGCAAGAGCAAUUGAAUCCUCCCCAAACAGCCCGUCGACAUACUCACAGCCACCCACGACGUAGCCGUUCUCAUGAUCUUUCCCGCAGCAGCUCGACUUCUGACUUGAUUCUCUCAUUCUUCGGACUUGAACAGCACCGUCGACCGGCUCCGCCCCCUCGUUCCCGUCACGAAUCGUCGGACCAGUCUCAACAACGACACAAUUACUACCGCCAAGAGCUGAACCGACGAGCCAACCAAGCCGAAAACCGUCAUCAAUCACACCACCACCACCACAACCUGCUCCGAUCAACGUCUCGCCGCCAGUCGGAAACCGCCAACCAGGGCCCUCUCCUUGAACCCGUAACCCCACUCCCGGCGGCCGUCACCGCCCGAUAG